AUGGUUUACUUGGUAGUAGGACAAGUCACUGCCUACAAGCAGCUUGUUCAAAAGAGAUUGACAUUAGCAACAAGCAGCACAACAUACGAAAAUUUUGGCGCAUCACGUGCAGUUGACAAAAAUAUCAGCCAGGAUAUAAACCACUGUUCACAUACAGAUGAUCGAUGUAACAUUAAAGAAGCUUGGCUUCGUAUUGACCUGCAAAAGGUGUAUAGCAUCGCAUCUGUCAAGUUUUGGUACAGGAAAGAUGAAACCCAGCAUACUAAACGACUGCCAGGUUAUUCCAUCCUUUUCUCAAAUGAGUCCUGGCCAAAUUCCUCCUGCUACAGAAAUCAAAAUAGCAGUGGUAUUAGGACUGUCAACUUUAAAAAAUGUAGGGCAAUAACUCAGUAUUUAUGGUUCUACCAGCAAUACAAACCAAACAAUGAUUGUGCCCCUAUCCUGGAGAUAUGUGAAGUAGAAGUUUUUGGGUGUGAUGUUGGUUUUUAUGAUAAAAAUUGCUCACAAAUAUGUGGCCUGUGUAAAAGUGGGUCAUGUGAUAUAGAGACUGGUCAGUGUGAUCAGUCAGGAUGCGCUCUCCCUGGAUUGCAGACUCCAAGUUGCAAAGAUUGUUUACGUGGUUUUUAUGCUGAAAACUGUAGCAGAACAUGCAGCGAGUUUUGUAAGAACAAUGCAUGCAAUCAAACUUCGGGCACCUGCUUAGAAGGAUGUUUGAAAGGAUAUAUUGGCGAACACUGCAAUAAGACAUGUCCAAGUGGACACUAUGGGGAGAAGUGCUCUGAAACGUGUGGGAACUGUUCACAAAACCUGACUUGCAAUCACAUAAAUGGAACUUGCAAUGGCGCUUGUGUAAAGGGAUUAAAAGGUCAAUUUUGUAAAACAGAAUGUGCUGAGGGUGAAUUCGGAGAAAACUGCCGAAACAACUGUAGCAGUCAUUGUAUCAAUAGAUACAAGUGCGACAAGGUUAGCGGUUAUUGUAACCCAUGCUCACCUGGGUUUGAAGGCUCAAGAUGCAACUUAAAAUGUGCAAAUAAGACCUAUGGAGAGAAUUGUUCAAAUACAUGUGGAAGAUGUCGAAACUCCGUACCCUGUACAUGUAACAACAUUAAUGGUGUAUGCCCAGCUGGAUGUGAUCCGGGCUGGCAACCAACUGAUAAAUGUGACAUCGGUUGCAGAGAUGGAACAAAUGAUUUUUGUACAGAAAAAUACGUCCCUUCAAAACCAUUUGAUACAUAUGAGGGUUCAAACCCAAUAUUAAUUAUUGCACCAUUGGCUGGCUUUGUUGCGGUUCUCUCUUUCCUUGCGGUUGUCUUAUUUGUUUUCUUAAGACGCCGAAAUAAACUUCGCAAAAGAAAAGAUGACGUGAGCCACCAAGAGAUAAUUAAUCUAGCAUAUUUAGAUGCUGAUCAGGAUAAGGCAAUAAAAAGUAAUGCAACUAAGAAGGAAUAUAGCAACACAGGAAAUAGUAAUUAUGCAGGCAUCUACGUUUCAAAACUUAUCGUCGCAAUCCACUGUCUGGAAAAGGAUUCGGACAAGGGAUUUCUAAAGGAGUUUCAAUCAAUACCCUAUGGAGAGCAGCCAAGAAAACCAUGCACGGUUGGCAAACUGCCAGAAAAUAUCCCGAAGAAUAGAUUUAAAACAACUCUUCCAUAUGACCAUUCAAGAAUUAUUUUACGGUACGAAGAAAAGACAAAAGAUUACAUCAAUGCUAAUUUCAUAAAGAAUACCUAUAGACAACCGGCUUAUAUUGCGGCCCAAGGUCCCAUAGUAAGCACGAUUGAGGAUUUCUGGCAAAUGGUUUGGCAAGAGGAUGUUUGUGUAAUUGCUAUGGUUACCAAUCUUUCGGAAGGAGGAACAAUAAAAUGUGCAAAAUAUUGGCCGGAUAACACAGGAGAUAAAAUCAAGAUAGACAUAUUUGGUAUUCAACUUGAUUCGGAGAAAACCUACUCCAGCUUUUUAAUACAUCAACUUCAACUUACUAACUUGAAGACCAAAGCAAGUCGCCAGAUCACUCACCUACAGUACACAUCAUGGCCGGAUCAUGGCACACCUGAUACUUUGGAACUCCUCGUGUACCAUCAGUAUGUGACAAAGGCAAUGAGAAAACAUCCCGAAAAUAAACUCCUUGUUCAUUGCAGUGCUGGUAUAGGGCGUACCGGGACAUUUAUAGCCUUAGACGCUUUAUACCGACAUGGAAAAAAGGAAGGCAGUAUAAACAUUGUAGAGUAUGUUCACACAAUGAGGGAAGACCGAAUGAACAUGAUCCAAAACCUGGAUCAAUACAAGUUCCUUUACCGUGCAUUAUAUGAAUCUUUCCGGGCCACAAUUCAUCCUAUUUCAAAAGAAAAGUUCCUUGAUGAAGUUAAAUCGGUUUUGUCAUCCGAUAACACAGUUAACUUAUCGAAUCUGAGAAUUCAAUUCAAAGAGCUUGACUCUUUGAAACCAGUGUUUCAAGAAAAUGAAAAGUCAAGUGGAUUUGAAAACAUGACCCUGAACAUGACCGGAAGUGUUUUGCCUGCUGACAGAAUUAGGAUCAUUCUAUCGUCGCAUGUAAAAGGCCGAGGUACAUACUACAACGCUGUCCCGGUAUCGACCUUCACGAUGAGAGACUGCGUCAUUACUGGUCAAUACCCUGUCCCAGAGGCGGCGGUCGACCUGAUUCAACUCCUUGUUGACCAGGAAUGUAGUACUUUGAUUUCGACAAGUCCACUAUCGGAAGUACCAUCGAGCAAAGAGUGGUUUUAUCCUUCCCCUAGAGGGAAUAUGAUCUUCCAAUAUAGGGUCCAAAUCGAUGAAGGUGUCAGAGUAACAGAUUAUGUCAUCACAUCUACCAUCCGAAUAAAGGCAUCUUCGGCCAAUGACUGGCAAGAUGUGACGUUGUAUGAAAUGAUGACAUGGAAUACAAAUGACAAACUUCCACUGGAAUAUCGACCAUUAUUAGAUGUCGUUUCACUUUUACAUUUAAAUGAAAAUGUGGAUGCUGAAAAUAAAAUUGUUGUUCUUUCAAGGGAUGGUUCGUCCAGAUGUGGAGUGUUUUGUGCUGUGUAUAACGCCAUACAACAACUACAACAAGAUCAGGAAGUGGACAUGUUCACCAUUGUCAGACAGCUACAGAGUCGACGACCAGAAAUGAUAUCAGUUUUUGAAGAGUUUAUGUUCUCUUGUCAAACUGUUUCCCAGUUCAUUGAACAGAAUCCAGACGAAGUUUACAUCAAUUACAACCAUGCUUUAGUGGGUGAAAAUAUUUAUGCCAACACGUGAUGACAGUUAUACUUUUUGACAUGAAAAUCAACAAACUUUUUUCUUUUAGCAUUUACAAAUUAAGUCAUUGGUUGUAUAAAUUAUUUAUUUAUAAAUUGGUGUAUUAUUUAUUAUUUCUGAUGUUAUUUUUCUCUUGUAUAUUAAUAUGGUCCAUCAGCUGAUUGUUUACCAUAUGGUGGUGGGAGAACCACCAUACUUAACAGUUAACGCUUGUAAAUUGAUACGAUUUACUGUGGUUUCAUUAAUAUUCAAGGGCAUCAAUUUUCGUGGUUAAAGUGAAAUUUCAAUUUCAAGGAUACGUAAAUUCAUUGCCAAUGACCCCAUCAAUACAAAAUGCUUGUAAAAAUUGCACAUCAAUGAACAUUUAAUUUCGUGGAUCAACUAAACAACGAAAUCCAUGAAAAUUGAUAUUAAACGAAUAUUGAUGAAAUCACAGUAAUGUACUGGUACAUGUAGUGAAUGAAUAAAAUGUCAUUUAUUUUUUGUACAUUUAACUUAUUAUCAGUUCGACUUAAAUGCAAUGCUAUAUUAAACACUACGAUUUUAUAAGAUACAAACAGGUCAUACUUUCCUCUUUGAUUUCUGUUAGGUGCCAUUUUUCCGAAAGCAUGAGAGGAUUAUUAUAAUCGUUUAUCAUAGCAAAAAAGCUUAGUUACUAAACAAAUAAAUAUAGAGCAUAUACGGGAUCGAAUCAUUUUAUCACCCUGAAAGAGUACUCGUCAUUUUAAACUUGUUUUCACGAAAAAAAACCCUUAAUUUUUCCCUACGAAAGCCCAAUGUCUACUGAAAGUGGUUUUAGUUAUUAUCAUAAUAACGAUUUGCUCCUACCAUUUUAAAAGGACAAGUUUUUUGUUUAAAACUUAUUUUAUGCCUGCAUAAGAGUUACCGAUUACAUUAUUUCAGUGCUUGUGAUGUGGUAUCCGUAAACUGUAAAUACAUUUUAUAUGAUAAGUUAUGAUUGUUUAAUUAAUUUAAAAAUAACUUUCAUUUUCGACUUACAAGCCCGAAAUAGUAAAAUUGAGAUUAAGAUGCACGACACAAUCUGGUGGAUCCAAGUCAGUGCAAGUUUAAGUGCAGAUUGG